AUGAAGACCCGCCGUUCCACAAUCCAAUCAAUGCACUUGCUUUCGGUGGUAAACUUCAUCCACACCUCGUGCAUUGCGAAGGUGAACAACGACAACAUCCUGAAGCGAGAUCAGAGCCUCAGCUACUGGUCCCAGGUGCACUCCAACUCGAAGCGAUCCACAACAGAGAGACAUCUCCAGGGACCCGGGGAUUCGUUCCUCAGCGACGUAUACGAGGAGAGUAUCUCCACAAAGACCCAGGGACUGAUUGUGCUGCCCAAGGUCAGCAUCACCAUGCUGCAGUCCUCCAUUGUGGAGGAGAUCAUCUCAGUGGCAGCAUUAAUUACUGUCCAGGAUCUGAGUUGCGUUUCCCUGCACUUUUACAUGGAGGGCAUAUCCACGAAGUUCCCUGGCAAGACCACGCGUGCCUCCAUGCACAACGUAUACAUCCAGCAGACGGUGCAGUCGCAGCACAAGAAAGGAGGCAUUAUGAAGGGCACACGGGCUCUCUUGGCCCACCUCUCGUCACAGACGCGACCAGACAAUGUUCAAGGUGAGCCCAUACUGAUUGAAACUUCUGAAAAGCAGCUGGAGGAGCUCGUCAUCACGCUGGACAUAGGCAGAGCCCAUGCCCAACUGCGUCGCCUGAAGACUGAGAGCCAGUCGUGUGCGCAGGAUUCGCCCAUCAUCGUCACCGCCAUUCCGGAACACAAGAGCAAAGUGCUUUUCGAGUGCCUGAAAAUGCCAGAGAGCACGGGUAUCGAAAGCAUUGGCUACAUUAUGUUCGAGUGUGGAUUGGAGGGCGUGGGUGUGAAGAUUGUGAAGCGUUCGCACUUUGAGAAGUCGGAGAACAGCAAGGAGGAGUUGGCCGAAAUGGCAGGAGCGGGUGCUGAAGGCACCACCUCUACCGGAGGCUUCAAUCUCAACGAUCUAGUUGGUGGCCAGAACGAAGGAGCAGCUGCUUCCAGUGACGGAGGAGCCACUUCCAAGGCGGAAGCUGCCUGGAGAUUGAUAACCAAAAAGCCUCCACUCCGAAGACCCCAAGGCAUCAGAAGGCAAUGCUGCAGGUGCAGAUACUCCUCCUCGGCGGCUGGUGACAGGAAAUCCACACCCAAACCUCUAGAUGAGGAUGUGGAAAAGGGAGCGGCCACAGGCAAUAAUCCAACAGGAACGCAAAAGAACCCUAGCGGCGGGGCAGGAAACAACUCAAAGGAUGCCUACGACAAGGUGCUGUCCAAUGUCAAGGAAACGGACAAGACCUCUUCCUGUGUAAUCGAACUGAAGUCGGUGUGGUUCAACUUUGCUGCUCCGCCCUGUGUGCCCAUCACACGGAAGAUCGAUCUAACGCGUCUGGACUGGAAUCUUCUCAGCACCGCCUCACCGGCUAUCACGGCCUGGAUGAAUCCUAGCAACCGGCUGGCCAUCAAGAUCGUCUCCCUCAUGAAAGCCCUGCACACCAGGCAGACGGGUGCCGCUUGCCUCAUGGCGCAGGCCAUGGACAACGAGAAGAUCCAAAGGAACCCGAAGAUAAAGAAGAGUCGUUAUGCCAACAACUACACGCUGCUCUCCAAGACACUGCAGGAGGAUCCCAGUUGCCAGCUGUGCUACAUCAUGCAAAAGCUGGUGCUGGACGAAGGUGUGGAGCGCAUCGAACCGAUUUUCAAGCAGCAUGAUGUACCGCAUCUCAACUGUCUUUUCCAGGGCAUCAUUGUGCUUAGUCGACAGUGGAAGAACACCUCUAAUCCCAUUCUGUUCGAACACCAGUACAAGAACAAGCUUGCACGGCCCAUCAACGUGACCUUCUCGUUCCAGAACGAGGAGGAGGCGGAGAACGCAUGAGUGUUGAAAAUGGGCGCCUAUUCGGGCGUCGGCGAGAAUCCGGAAGAGAGACUCCCGUAUGCUCAUGAGACUGGAAACCAUGGAACUGCUUCACAACGAUCCACUUCGACUUCCCCAAAUAUUCAUCUCCCGCGUCGUGGCAUUCAAAUGCUGCCCAUUAUUUCUGGGCUGGUGGAGAAGCAAAUGCCGGAAUUUGAGUACGGUGCGUUGCAGGAGGGCUCUCUGAGCUCCACCAACUCGGUUAAUAAAUUCUGGUUGGGAGCCGAGAACCACAAGGAGGACUUGUACUUCUGGAUGGCCAAGCAACAGGAUAGCAAAAAGAAGCACUUUGCCGAGAAGGAGCACGCUCGCCCUGCUCCGCCCAAGAUGCAUGGACAUUAUACGGGGCAGUCUCGCAGUGGAAUCAUGCAGGAUUCCAUCAAGCUACUGGAUGCUCAUUUGAUUUUCGAGCCCCUCCUCACUUGCCUGGGCGUGAUGCCCCAGCAGAUGAUCAACAAGUUCUCCAACGCAGACAUCUCAUCGCUGGAGAACUUUGGCACCAAUCUAUCGCUGAUCGGUACCUUCGAUUCCAUUCGCGUGGACAUUGUUGUCAGCGAGGCGGGUGACAAAAAGAACUCGGCCCAGAAGCCAGCGAAACUGAGCAAGAAAUCAAAUGGUGGUGGCAGGGCCUCCAUCAUGAUGGACACUCCCCUAUUCCUUUGCGAGCGAGUGGGUGUGGAGCUGGAGGUCCUGAAGAUGUCCGAUGGCAUGGUGGAUCAGGCACGCCAGAAUGUCAUCUAUAUGUCCCGGCGCCAGCUGAAGAAGCAUACCAGCACUGUGAUCAACUUCAGCCUUAAUGUAAGGUUCAUCUCGCAGCAGGUUAACAUGCCGCUGUUGAGGCUGCUCCACCAGAUCUGCAACAUGUAUCAGAAUGUAAAGGACGCCCAGAACGAGUUUCACGAGCAGCCCGAGUUGAGCAAAAAGAGCCAGACCAAGGAUGAGUGUAGUCUGGCUUCCGAGCCUACAGAUAUCUUGCCCUUCAAUUCGGUCGCCGAGCGCUUCGGUCAUGGAGAGAACUACUCGGACGAGCGCUAUGAUAAAUUCAACGAAACUAUGCCCACGACAAUAGCCAGGCCACGUCCAGGCGGCCUGGCGCCCAUUAUUCAACUCACGCCUUCGCCCAACGCCAAGAACCGGCCGCAGAGCUUCGCCCAGAAGCUUCGAUCAACUGGGAAAUCCGUCAAGGGCAAGCUGGGCUACACGAACUUGAAUGAAUCCAGCUCCUCGCCCUUAAGGGACAGUCCCACGAUGUCAAUCCAUGAGCAGAAUAUCCUCAAGAUGUCCACGGAGUCGAAGGCCUCACUGAACGGUGCCUGUGCUACCAGUAUGAGUGGCGACUACCAGAAUACCCUCACCAAAGCGGGAAUGCCAACGAUGGCUCCUCUGUUGGAGACGCCAAACUGCUGGAAGACCAUCUACCACCUGCUUGAGCUGUAUGGUACCAUGCCGGAAACCAAGACCGUGGUCCAAAGGAGCUCCCUGAACGAGCACAAGAGUAAGCCUCCUCAUGCUUUCGGCAAUGAUGAAGAUGAUCUCGCCAGUGCUCCCACACCGGUGCCUCAGCAUCGUGAGAUGCUGCUGGUGGAUGCACCAUCCCAGGAGCGAACGCGAUUGAUUGUCUUUGGAGUGGCAAAAAUACACAAAACUCGACUGCUCGCCACGCUCUCCGGUCUCAAGUUGGAAUCGGAGAUCACCACGCUGAACAGCACGGCCACCUGGCGAAAGAAGGCGCGUCCCGUUUCCUUGGAGUGCUCCCUUACUGGCCAGGUUGGCAGAGCCAUGAUUGUGCUGCUGGAGGGAGUAGCUCCCAGUCAACAGACCGUGGUAAAGGUGACUGUUGGCAAGAGCCAGACGCUGUACUCGAGCCUUUCGAAGCGAGGCAAGGACAAGAACAGCGGUCUGCUCUCCAUUGGAGCAAUCAACAUAGACAUUCCACAGCAUCCAGUUGCGCUGCAUGGCAUGAUGACGCGCAGUUCUAAGCAGUUGUCCUCCACACUGCAGGAGUUGCGAGUUAAGCGCAAUUCUGGUCGCUCCACUCUCCGUUCGCAUACGGCCGAGGAGCCGGAUUCCCCGUUCCAUGCCCGCAACUGAGGAACUAGUAGUGGCGGCGGAAUGGCCAGUGAAAUGCGAGAGCGCACUGUCUCCGGUGGAGCAGGAGCCCAACAGCACCAGCCCCACCAGCAGGCGGCUCGAAGGGCAGCCGCUUCACACAUGGCUCAGUCCAAAGCAGGAACCCAGGCACAGCAUCAGAACGGAUUGCUGCAACCCCUCGUCAUGCAGUUCAAUGUGCUCCUCCAGAGCUUAUCCAUCAAUGCGGCUCUGCUGCCCUCGCUCCAGGCCCAGUACCGGAUGAAUCAUGUCAGCUCGAUGGGAGUGACCGGCCAAAGAGCCAAGUUUGUCAUCGAUCUUCCCACGCACACGCUCAGCUUUAACACGAAGAUUCAGAAUGAAAUGAAUCUGCCCUCAGAGGCCUGUAUUGGCCUGCCACCGGUUCACGUUCUGGCGGAAUAUAUACCCGACCAUCGUCAGGAUCACACAGAAAACACCGAGGGAAUCGUACUGCGUCAAGGUGGCUACGUAAAUGCCAGUGCUGAGAUUGGGGAGUUCGAGCGCUGCCUGACCACAGAUCUCCUGAACCAUCUGGUCUUUGUGCAAAAGGUGUUCAUGCGCGAAAUCAACGAGGUGUUGCAAAAGGUGUAUGGAGGCGAGAAGCCAGUGCCCCUGUGGACUGAGGAGAGUGGCGAUAACUCCGGAGCAGUGCAGGAGUCGUCACUCAAACGCAUCCUCUUCUCCAUCAACAUCUCAAUGAAGCGCAUCCAGCUGACAGCCACCACACCCUGCUCGUCGGCAGUUCGUUUCGAAACCGGAACUCUGGAGCUGCAGCUAUCGAACCGGGUGAAGAACCUGGGCGAUAUGAGCAACCGGAAGCUCUUCUUCAAAGCCCACAUCGAUUUCAACCUAUCCCUGGGCCAGAUCAUCCGCAAUGUGAUCUUUGACGAGGCUGAGCCAGAGUUCCAGCAGUAUGCCUUCUUUCACACAACGAUUGGGCUGAGGAAUGCCUUCCAGGAUGAGCUGCUGAACGAGGACAAAGAGUUGAUUCUGCUCACGCUCAAGAGACCGUUGGUCUACGUCCAGCCCAUAGCAGUGGAUAAGGCCAUCCUCGUCUGGCUGAACUACAAGAACGCCUACGAGUACUGGGCCGAGAAGAGGGCGAACCUCUGCCACGAACACGUCCAGCACAGCCAGUACAGUCAGUACUCGGCGGCCCAGCAGCAGCAGAACCAGAAUCCGCAGGUGUUCGAUCGCGUUGCCUUCGGCCAGAUAGCCAGCUCCAACCUAUCCACGCUCUUCCUCCAACUCACCGUCGAGGACAUGGGCAUCUGUCUGCCCCUGAAGCAGGUCAACACUACGUUUGGCUCCCGUUCCUAUCAGGACUUUGAUGCAAAGGGCGCGGUGGUGAUCACGUUGGAGAACACCAUUAUAUCCGCCUGCAACUCGGGAGCCUUGGUGUCGAAGGGCAAGUUCCAGGGACUGUGCCUGCGCUUCGCCGACGACUUCGAGACGAAUUUGGACGACUGGAAGCCCAAUAGUGCCGAGCCCAUUAUGAAUGUCUGCGUGGUGUCCGAGGGAACCUUUGAGGUUUGCUCUCGCACCACGGCUGCCAAGAAGGGUGAAAACGCCAAAUGGCUACUGAAUGUCAAGUGGCAGAUGGAAGGCGUGGAUAUCCACUUGGACGUAAACAUUGGCAAGCAGCUGAGUUCGCUGGGUCACACUCUGACCAUGCUCACCGGAUUCGAGGAGGAGGAGACCCAAAUGGAGUCACCCGACAGCGAUGAAGGGGACCAGAGCUGCAGGGAUACAUUUGUGAGAAGGAGAGGCGAUUUCGACAACCUGCCAGCCUUCGUUUUCGAUCCCACCAUCGACUCCAAGAAGCGUUCGUUCAUGAUGGAGAAGGAAAUGGCUGAGCAGCUGAAGAUUAUCAACGAUUUGCGCACUCUGGGCGCUUCCCACAACACAGUAGCGCAUGAAGAGAGGCGUCUGCAGGAGCUGCAGGCUAUUUGCUACAAAUAUUUUCGCCGGGACAUGAUCCAGAAGUGGAAGAGGCCUUCGCUGAGGCGAUCUCUCAAGAACUAUGGUCGCUCGCAGUCGUAUAUCGGAGCAGGAUCUUCGGUAACUGGAGUGGGAGUGCCACAAACUCUGGACAAUGGAAGCUAUUCAGGCCGAAGACUGGACACAAUUGCCUCCAAUGACGAGAUAUCCAGCCUGCAAAGCACUCCAGCCUCCUGUCAUUCGCGCAGUGCGUCCCUGAAACAGACUGGAGGAGGCGGUAUAGUCGGCGGAGGCAUUAAUCCCCUGGGUCGAGUGACCUUCACCGAAGCCAUGCGUCAGACAUCGCUUCCCAAUGCGGACACGGACACGGAGACGGCGGACAAUGAGCUGGAUUGGCGCGGAGACAUUACGCCCAGCGAGAUCGAUGUGGACGGCACCUCCGUGGAGAUGCGCCGAAAGCAUGGCCAUGGCCAGAAACAAGCAGAACCCAAUAUCGAUUUCGAACUGGACAUCAAGGUACUAGUGAACUCCGGGAAAUGCGUACUCCACACCAAGGAAACGGGCGAGGACAGGGCCCAGGGUUACGCAGCAGGAUCAGGAGCAGCAGGCAGCAGCGUACCAGCUUCGAGUGUUAAAUCCCAUAAACGUGAACGGAGUAUUGGCAACGAUUGGGGCAGUCCCACGCCCUCAAGGAGGCAGAGGGACAAGAGCAAGCUGCGCUAUAAUGCCAACGCACUUCUGGCGGAUCUCACCAUUUUCCACAUCCCAGGAUUGGAUGUGAAACUUCACUACCAAUCGAAAACGCUGGCGGAUCAGGUAUCUGGAGAUCAAAUACCGCCACAUGGUCGCCGGAUGGGCAGCAAGCGAGCGACAUUGUGUGCCUGGAUGACCCUGCAGAGUAUACCGGAGGAAACCAUCAUAUCACCGCACAUUCUGGAGUUCCUGGAGCAGACCCUAGAGCCCAUACCCGCUCGACAGUCCAGCAGCGUUCCCCCAACGCCCUCCCACAACGCUGCUGUUAAUCUCGACAUACUGCCUGCCAACUAUGUGACUUACGCCUCGUUCCCCGUAGACGUUAUCGUAUAUUUCCACAUGCAACCCUCUACGUUCCGCUUCAGCUGCCUGCCCGUCUCCCGCGUGGAAUGUAUGCUGCAGUUGCCCAGCCUGGAUAUUGUAUUCAGCUCCAAGCGGAGCAGCGAGGAGGAGAGCUCAACCACGCAGCCAGGAAGUCAUGCUCACCCGGAGCAGCCGUUGCCCACCGGCGGACUGAGUGUCACUGGUUGCCUGGCCGACUUUAAUGUGUUCAUUUUCCAUCCCUACGGCGGGAAGAAAACCUCCAAGGAGACUCAGUUCUCACCGCUAAGCGAUAGUGAGAGAAAGGACUCCCUGAGCAUCAACGUGGAGUUUGUCAAGUUUCACAUUACGCGCUGCCGCAAGGUCUACAUCGAACCGCUGCCCAGCUCUAAGAGAUCUCUGGAUCAGUCUCGAGCUGUGAUCCGCUUCUCCACCAUUGUGGAUAUUGGAAGUGCCAGCUUUAAGUACGACAUGAGGAGAUUAACAGAGAUCUUGGCUUUUCCCAAGGCCUGGUAUCGCAGGAGGAUUGUGAGACGCCUCUUCCUGGGUGACCUUAGUGUCCACCAGCAGCAGCAGCAGCAGCAGCAACAGCAGCAGCAGCAUGGAAAUGGUGCUGAAACCCCAACUGGAUGCCCUCCUGCUACUCCUACUCCUAGCGAGGAUGCAAGUAGGGCCAAGGAUAAAAUGCGCCUGGAUUUCGAUGGUCAGCCGCAGCAGCAGCAGCAAUUGGGACACUUUGGUGCUGUAAGGAAGCUUAAGAACCUGGGCAAAUCCUCCAGUGCCGAGUCCUCGGGAACUCCCCCAUCUGAGAAGAACCAAAUCACUGCCUGGGAGACACUCGUCCUGUUCGCAGUGAACUUUACCAAGCUCAAUGUGCAAAUGAACAUUGGCAACGUGUGCGGCAAUGUGGUGUGGCUCACCAAGGACUUCCAGUCCGAUGGACGCCUCUCCAUUGGCAGCACUGGCUACAAGAACAUGUAUGCUGGCAUCUACCUUGGAGGAUCCGCUCUUGACGCCAAGGGAGGCAUAGUCGGUGGCAGCUUUGAGGUGAACAAGAUCAACCAGCGAUUCCAUAUCAAAGAGGAGGCAGGCAUGGAGCCGUACCACACCAUGGGACUCAGUUUCAUGGCACUGGAACUUAGGCUGGACUACAUGGGAACUUCUGUGCUGAUGACACGCAUCAGCAGCUUCUCCGCUGCCAUGAAGGAUGAAUGGCGGACUGCUUCCCAAGCAGCAGCUGCUCCUCCAUCGCAUGGCAAGGAUCAGGCCAGAGCACUGAUCUUUAUCCAUGGGGAUCUCACCUGGGACCAAUUGCAGAUCAUGAUCAGCAAGUCCACAACCGCAGAUCUGCUCAAGAUGUACUUCAAGCUGGAGGAGUUCUUCACACAGCAGUUCAAGUCCUCCAAGAGGGUGUUCUCCAGCCUGGAGCCGCGACUCCAAGACCGUUCUGCCAGCAUCAAGAGGCGACAGCAGCUCAAGAAGAAGCCGGCCAACGGAGAGCUGGUUGCUCCCGUACCCAUUCAGGGUUUGAGCGGGGAACAUACCGACGCACGUCACCAUCGCCAUUGGCGGAAACCGCUGGCUCAGGCCGUUGGUCUGGUAGUGCCCUCAUUGGUUACCCGCCUGCCACGUCAUGGCAACGUCCUGGGCGGCACCGUUGAACUUCGAGGACAGAACAUCUCGUUGGCAUGUUUUCACGGCAUUAACUUCAAGUCAAAGUCGUGGGCUCUGUUCAGCCUAAGGUCCCCCUCGAUCAACUUUGCGACUGAAGCGCGACAGAACGAGGAGGAAGUGUUGGUCACACAGACUCUAACAUCUUCCCUGGGACAGACGGCGGAGGUGCAACAGCAGCAGAACCACUCGAUGGCCAUCGUAAGUCGGAUCACGCGAAACAUCAUUUUCCCGCCGCAGUUCAAGACGCUGAACGAGUGGUUCCACUAUGCCUUUGCCAACAGCGAGAUCGAUGCUGUGGACCGCUUCCCCAUUCUGGAAUGCGAACGAGAGAUCGCCUCCAAUUCCAUUGAGCGGACGCGAGCCUCCGGCAGCAGCAGUGCCGCCAAAGCGCAGGAGCACAAUCAUAACCGAGAGGUCAUCUUUGCCCUGCCUAGCCUGCAGCUGCAUUUCAAGACUGAGCACAAACAAGGACCAACCAUCCCAGUGCCUAGUGAAACCAAGCCAGAAGUCUUGUGCAGCUUCAUUACCGAAUUCGAUGAUCACAUAUUUGUGACCGUCGAUGCGGAUGCCUUCUUUUUCCUACAUGAUCUCAUCACCUCCUACGUGACUGAAAAGGAGAAGGUGAUUGGAGCUCAAUCAGCGAGAGCUGCAUCACCAAAUCUUUCGCAAAAGGCCAACCUAAAGCCGUAUCUGACCGACGAGAUCCUUAAGGAGAAGAAAGGUGCCUCCAAUACGAACCUGACUGCCCAAGGCAAGCAGAUGAGUGCCAGCAAGAGCAGCCUGGAUCCGCUGCAGGGCAGUCACUCGAGCCUAGCGAACGCUGCUGCCAAUGUGUCGGGAGCAGCGUCAACGACCACGACAGCUCCGAUGACCGCAGGAACAGCAACGUCAUCAUCAUCAUCAUCCACUACCGCCACCACAGCGACAUCAACUGGAGCGACAGGACCGUCGACGAGCUCCUCAAGCGAUGCCACAGAUGGCAAGCAGGAAAGCUCACCGCCCAGCUUUGAUCUCGAAUCGUGUGUGCGUGACUGGCGGCACUUUGAGUGCCAGACAUGGCACCUGGAGCCCACAGUGCGCCUGCUCUCGUGGGCUGGCAAGUCCAUCGAGCCAUACGGGGUUGAUUACAUCCUCAACAAACUGGGCUUUCGCCAUGCCCGAACCACCAUACCCAAAUGGCUGCAGCGUGGAUUUAUGGAUCCACUGGACAAGGUGCAGGCCCUGAUGAUGCUGCAGUUGCUACUUAUGGUCCGCGAGAACAAAGUAGAGCGGGGGGGGGCCAGUGGUUCUGGCAAGCAGCAGAACCAUCGACCAUCAACGAAUUAGCCAUGACAGAGCCACAUUUAUGACAAUUGACAAUUGCCCAAAGUCGUUCGAUUUAGUUUAAGCGUAUCG